AUGAAACUAUUGAAUUCGCUGUCUUUUGAGGUCAAUGAACGUACUGCAUGGAUCGAUGGCUCGUUCGUAUACAGUGUCAUGGAAGCUUGGGUGGCGACAAUGAGAUCAUUCCAGAACGGUACACUCCGAGAAGGCACUCAGAAAAGGUAUCCGCCCUUGAACAAUCCGCACAUUCCAUUAAACAAUCCUCCACCUCCACAAAUUCAUCGCCUUAUGAAUCCCGACCGAUUGUUUCUUCUUGGCGACUCACGAGUAAACGAAAACCCUGGUCUGCUAUCAUUCGGUAUCAUUCUUUACAGAUGGCACAAUAUCAUGGCACAGAGAAUGCAAGAGCAGCAUCCCGAUUGGACAGAUGAAGAGCUGUUUCAAGCCGCUCGUCGAUGGCUCAUUGCUACACUGCAGAAAAUCAUCUUUUACGACUUUCUACCUGCUUUGAUCAAUGAGGAAGUUAAACCGUACACAAAGUAUAUGCCGCAUGUACCUCCCGGUAUUUCACAUGCAUUUGCGGCUGCCGCUUUCCGAUUCCCACAUAGCAUUGUGCCACCGGCGAUGAUUCUUCGAAAAAAUGUCAAUGCUUGCAAGUUUCGUGAAGAAGUUGGCGGUUUCCCGGCUCUUCGACUCUGCCAAAAUUGGUGGAACGCCCAGGAUAUUGUUCAAGAGUAUUCGGUAGAUGAAAUUAUUCUUGGAAUGGCUUCUCAAGUAAGCGAAGCUGACGAUAUUAUUGUGGUAGAGGAUCUUCGAGACUUCAUCUUCGGCCCAAUGCACUUCACACGGUUGGAUGUAGUCGCUUCAUCUAUCAUGCGAGGACGGGACAACGGUCUUCCAUCCUAUAAU